GUGGUGCUUUAAACCUGAAAGGAUUUACCCGGAAGCUGCUUUUCACUUUCCGGAUAAUUGGGGCAAGAUGGCGACAUCCAUAACGAGGACCUUUGGGUCUCUUCGUAUCGUUGCACGCAGAGGUUUAAAGAAUGCUGAGUUAGCUCUGAAUAUACAGCAUCCUGGCCCACUUUUCUUGCCGGUUCGGACCAAGAAGAGGCACUUUAUUCCUCCAGCGGUGGGCAUGAAGGGGAAGAAGGAAGAAAACCCAGAGGCUAAGGCUCGAGCAGCUGGCAUCGUCUUCCGACAGCAGUACUUAGAGAGACCCAUUAACAUCGCCUGCUCAGCGGGAGUGUUUGACCCGUACAUCCCUCCAGAAGGAGACGCACGCCUUUCCACUCUGUCUAAGGAAGGCCUGAGACAGCGAACAGAACAGAUACGACAGAGCGCCGCUUCACAACUCGCGAUUCGUAAAGUCAAAGAAUAUGAUUCACAGUUCAGCACAAAGACGUUUGCAGAGCAAGCUCAAGAGAUCUUCAUAGAGGCUCACAACGCCCUGACACAAUUCAAUAAAGAGAAGCUUCAUUCUCUGGUUACAGAAAGAUGUUAUCCUGAGAUGACGAGAGGCAACCGUUACAAGACGAUCCGAUGGAGGUUUGUCGAGUCACUGGAACCGCCCAGAGUGGUGCAUACCCGCUGCCCCGACAUGGUCACUAAAGGCAACCUGUAUGGGCAGGUUACAGUUCGUAUGCACUCCAAGCAGAUGUUAGCGAUCUAUGAUCGCUUCGGGCGGCUGAUGCUGGGCAGCGAGGAGCAACCAAAGGACGUCCUGGAGUACCUGGUCAUUGAAAGGCACCUGGUCAACCCCUACAGUAGAUGGAGGCUACACGGGAAAAUUGUGCCCUCAUGGGCUCCUCCCAAAGACCCAGUUAUUAAGACGGUUGCCAUACCUGGUCCAGAGCUGAAGCCAUGGGAAGAAUUUGAUGCCCUCAACUAUGAAGUUCCCAAACCAGCAGCAGUACAGUGGAAUAAGUAGGUCAGCAGGGGGCGCUGGUCAUUACAUUAAAGUGAGGACAUUAAGGAAAUACUCAUGACAUUGAAUUUUUGGAUGGAGUUACUCUUGCUUGAGGAGGAAACCAUGCUUUGUUUUUUUUUCUGCUUCCUUCUAUUAAGAAAAAAUCUUUUAGAUUUUGACGGAUGUGAAGAAAAAUCUGAGUUUUGGUUCAAACAACCUGCUGUGCUCUGAAGUCACCAGAUCAACAUCAUUUUUUGUUAUGCUUGUGAGAAUAAUUUUAUUUGUACAUGCGAGAAAUAAAAAUGCACAGAGCUCUAGAAACGGAGUGGUUUAUUUCUGCACCAAAUGUACAAGAUGCCGACUUCUGCAGUGGAAAAUGAAUAUUGCUAAUAAUGAUGGUUCUACCUGCUUUUCUUCACAAGGCAAAUCAUGGACUGUGUUGCAGUAAUCCAGACACAUGUUUAAAAAGACGUGAUACAAAUAUGAUACAGAGCUUACAAAAUAACUUGACAAACACAAAAUAGUUCUCGGUUUGAUGGUGAAUUCUCAGAAUAAACCAUUUUCUUGCAUUCUGAGAUGUACACGUAAGCAUAAUUUCUCUUAUGUUGUAGGAACGUUAUUAUGCCACAAACAUGAUUUAAAUGAAAUGUAAAAAUUA